AUGGUCGCUUCAAAGCUGUUCCUUGCGGCCAUUGCUUUUGGUCCAGUGGCUGCAGGACCAUGUCGCCCAUCGCCCACCAAAGUGCUAUCGUCCAGUACCGACUUCUCUUCCUCAUCAAUGGUCCCCCUUUCCGAAUCCUCCCUUUCUUCCGGACCAACACAUGAUGCAUCGACCAGCAAGGAGUUGGGCACUGAAACUACCACCAACACUGCGGCGGAGACUUCGUUGAUAAGCGUCACUGUCACUUUUGAAUCUACUACCACGGCCCCGACAGAUUCAACAGAUUCUCAGGGCACUGUGCCUAAUGCAACAUCUGAUAUCAAGACGGAGACUACAGCUGAGGGACAAACUACUAUGGAAACGACUCCAGCGAACGAUAUGACAAGCACUACCCUUGAGAGCAAGACUGAAGGAAGUGGAAGUGCCAGCACUGCAACUGUAACUACUGGCACUGCUAUGACUGAACCAAUCACCACCAUUGCUGAAAGCACAGUCGAGUCAGAAAGCAGUUCUGUCCAAGCCACGGCUACAACUGAGGCUACUACCGAAACGAUUGAAGCAAUUACCACAACGACUGAGGCUACUACCACUACCACAGCUGCUGAGCCCAGUACUACAACCGAAGCUACGACUACCACAGCUGCUGAGACUACUACAACCGAAGCUACAACUACCACAACGUCUUUUGAGCCAGUCUCCACGACAUUCAACCUUCUUGUUCAAGGUGGUGCCAUGGCUAACGGAGUUGCUCUUUACUCCAAUAAUCAAGAUGCCCUGGUCUUGGGUUCACAAGCCGCUGCUGCCUGGUUUACCUCAUACUCGACGGCCCCUCUGAGCUAUGACCCCAUUACACGACACCUCCUUCUCGGAGACAAGCGUCUAUGUCUCAUGUACGACAGUAUUACUGUUGCUUCUUUCGCGAUCUGCCAGGGUCCGCCAGUAGGCCAAAAGUUUGAACUCACCUGCGACGAUCCAUCCGGUGGUAGCUUGAGGUGCAAUGUUCCUGCCAAGCAAUACAUUAGCAAAGACAAUAUAUUUGUUGAUACUGGCGAUACUUGGAAUCAGUUCUACUUGCAUGAGGUGAACCGCCAAUUUAGUCCUGGGGUUUUCCGUAUCAUCAUUUCCAAGGAUACCCUAUCUAAUAAUGAUAUCAAAUACGCGGCCUUUGAGCGUAUUACUGUGGGUACAAGGGUAGCAUAG